UUUAGCGCAUAGUUGAAGAAAAGGAGCCGCUUCACAUCUUUCGUCUCUCUUCAUUCUAUCUGCCAUUUUAUCUUCAGGCUGAACGAUAAUCUCAAUCGAUCUCUGCACGUUUCAUAGCUGUUUCCUUCAAUCUUUACCAUGGGAACCAAAAUGAAAGGCAUAUACAAAAGUUUCAAAUACAUUUCCCAAAUCUUUGUUGUAAAGGAGCGAGAAAUGGAAAUUGGUUAUCCAACAGAUGUUAAACAUGUGGCACACAUAGGUUGGGACGGCCAAUCUGGUACUGCACCCAGCUGGAUGAAUGACUUCAAGACAGCUCCUGAUUUCUCAACAUCAAUUGGGAACUCAAUGGACUCUAGUAAUAUGGCACUUUCCACAUGGUCCUCCCAAGAUUUUGAACAAUCAAUGGGAGGACAACCGGCAUCUGAUAUAUUUAAAGACAUUCCACCUACAGAUCUUCCAAAUAUUCCCAAGAAACAGAAGCGGAAAAAGAAAUCAUCAACUUCCUCUCCCUUGUGUGGGUCCUCUAGAUCUUCCCGAGCAGCAAAGUCUAGGACUACAUAUAAUGAAAUGGGGACAGCAAACGUGCAAGUAUAG